AGCGCGAGGCCGCCGCUGGUUCCCCCUCGCAACCCUGAUUGGUCGCGAGCUCCGCGGCAGAAAUCGCGAGAGGCCUUCGCCCUUAGGUACGGACACGCUGGCCUAGCCAAGAGAGGCGAGGAUUUGUUCUUGAUCAAGCCUGAUUGCCUUCGGAUCCCGGGGAACCAAUCCACUGCCUUCUCUGUCUUUGCGAUCUUUGAUGGACACAAUGGAGUAUCUGCGGCCGUCUUCACAAAAGAUCAUCUUUUCGAUCACGUGAUGAGCGCGAUCCCUCAUGGAAUUGGGAGGGAUGAGUGGCUUCAAGAGCUUCCUCGGGCUUUGGUUGCUGGUUUCGUGAAGACCGAUAUCGAUUUCCAGAGAAGAGGAGAGGUAUCGGGGACGACGGUAACCUUUGUUGUGAUUGAUGGGUGGACGGUGACCGUUGCCUCGGUGGGCGAUUCGAGAUGUAUAUUGGAUUCACAAGGUGGGGUGGUGACUUUGCUGACUGUUGAUCAUAGAUUGGAAGAGAAUGUCGAGGAGAGGGAGAGGGUAACAGCUAGUGGCGGAGAAGUCGGGAGGCUUAACCUCUGUGGAGGGCAAGAGGUGGGUCCUCUGCGGUGUUGGCCGGGUGGUCUAUGUCUUUCGAGGUCAAUUGGGGAUACUGAUGUUGGGGAGUUUAUUGUGCCGAUUCCUCAUGUUAAGCAAGUGAAGCUUUCCAAUGCUGGAGGCAGGCUGAUUAUUGCCUCAGAUGGUGUAUGGGACUCCUUGUCAUCUGAAAUGGCUGCCAAGGCUUGCAGGGGAUUACCUGCAGAGCUUGCUGCGAAGCUUGUUGUUAAGGAAGCCCUAAGAGCGAGUGGCUUGAAAGAUGACACCACUUGCCUUGUUGUUGAUAUCAUACCGUCUGAUCAUUCUGUAGCACCACCCUCUCCCAGGAAGCACCAGAAUAAGUUGAGAUCUCUGUUUUUAGGCCUAAGGUAUCAAAAUUCUGUCAAUAAGCAUCCAAACAAACUCUCAUCUGUGGGAUCUGUCGAGGAGCUAUUCGAAGAAGGCUCUGCAAUGUUGGAGGAGAGGUUAUUUACUAACUUCCCAUCAAAGGCGAACUCUUCACCUUUUCGAUGUGCGGUCUGCCAAACAAAUCAAGAGCCGAAUGAGGGCUUAUCAGCCACUGGAGGCACCUUCUUCUCACCUACGCCAAAGCCAUGGGAAGGUCCUUAUCUUUGUAGCGAGUGCAAGAAGAAGAAGGAAGCCAUGGAAGGCAAAAGACCAAGUAAGUCAACAGCAUCCCGGUGACUUACAAUGCUGAAUACAAACUGUAUGUAUCCGUGAUGAUCCAGUGUUCAGUGGGGGGUUUUCUACAGUGGUGUGCUUGUUACAUGUAAAAAGGAAAGCAGAAAGGUGAAUAAGUUGUUUGCUGUGUUUUUUUUAGCUGUCAGUUUUAUUGUUUGGGUGAGCUAACGGAAGUUCUAUCUCCUAUUUGUGAGAGUUUGAUCACUAACCAGUUUGAAAAUUUGUAUGUCGAUACACUGAUGGAAAUAGUGAUAUUUUUUUCCCC